GGGAGAGAGAGGGCGGGAGGGGGGUCCUCCCACAGAGGGGCGGGAUCCGGCACCGAGGCGCCGCCGGGACCGGUGCCACCGGGACCCGCGCCUGCACAAUCGCGGCAACAUGGCACCAGCCGGAGGCCCGCGGGCCAAGAAGGGCAUUUUGGAGCGCCUGGACAGCGGGGAGGUUGUGGUUGGGGACGGCAGCUUUCUCAUCACGCUGGAGAAGAGAGGCUUCGUGAAGGCCGGGCUCUGGACCCCAGAAGCAGUGGUGGAGCAUCCAAGUGCAGUUCGCCAGCUCCACACAGAAUUCUUGAGAGCGGGAGCGGAUGUCUUGCAGACGUUCACCUUCUCUGCCACUGAGGACAAUAUGGAAAGCAAGUGGGAAGCCGUAAACGCAGCAGCCUGUGACCUGGCCAGGGAGGUGGCUGAUGGAGGGGAUGCUUUGGUGGCAGGGGGCCUCUGCCAGACAUCGCUGUACAAAUACCACAAGGAUGAAGCUAGAAUCAAAAAUCUUUUCCGACUACAACUGGAAGUUUUCGUCAGGAAAAAUGUGGACUUCUUGAUUGCGGAGUAUUUUGAGCAUGUGGAAGAAGCUGUGUGGGCUGUGGAAGUCUUGAGAGAAGUGGGGAAACCUGUGGCUGCGACCAUGUGCAUCGGCCCGGAGGGGGACAUGCAUGACGUGACACCUGGAGAGUGUGCAGUCAAGCUGGCGAAGGCAGGAGCAAACAUCAUUGGGGUCAACUGCCGAUUUGGGCCCCAGACCAGCUUGCAGACCAUCAGACUCAUGAAGGAGGGCCUCAGGGAUUCAGGCCUACAAGCUCACCUGAUGGUGCAAAGCCUGGGCUUCCACACACCUGACUGUGGCAAGGGAGGAUUUGUGGACCUCCCAGAAUAUCCCUUCAGCAUGGAGCCCAGAGUUGCCACCAGAUGGGACAUUCAAAAAUACGCCAGAGAGGCCUACAACCUGGGGGUCAGGUACAUCGGCGGCUGCUGCGGAUUUGAGCCCUACCACAUCAGGGCCAUUGCGGAGGAGCUGGCCCCAGAGAGAGGAUUUCUGCCUCCGGCUUCAGAAAAACAUGGCAGCUGGGGAAGUGGUUUGAACAUGCACACCAAGCCCUGGGUCCGAGCAAGGGCUAGACGGGAAUACUGGGAGAAUCUGCUGCCAGCUUCAGGCAGACCUUUCUGUCCUUCGCUCUCAAAGCCGGAUGCAUAAGAAGCAAUGAAAGAAAACUCUGAAGUGACAGACCAGGAAGAACCGGUCUCAAGCCCUGUGUUCCUUGCUGCUGUCAUCAGCCUGUCUCGUCUUCCAGCUGCUGAGCAUCGAUGAGCUGCUGUCCCUUCAGUUCAAGCAACAUGUCCCUCCCGAGCAGACUCGCCAGAUGCUGUGGAGAUGUUGAGGCACCUAGACCCGGCUUCCCUCCCCAAGUAUACUCUGUUUAGUAAUGCCACAGUGCAUCCAUGCAGAGGUCAUCAGGCAGGCUCUCAGGGUAGAUUUGACAUUCUUAAAUAAUCCGUAGUCAGCGAGAAGCUACCUUAGUGAAUAAUUCAGAUGUCUAAGCUAGAUGCUUGAGGACGAGGGAGCAAGCAGGACUCUGAUCUAGCAAUCAAUAUGCUUUUCUCAAGUGAUUUCUAUUGUAGCUACAAACACGUCUCGGUAGAAGAAAUGCCGAAACUGUUGCGAGCGAUGGCAGGAUUAUUAAAGUCACAGGGCUUUGCUUUCAAAGAUGACUUUUGCUUUCAGGUCCUAGGAUUUGUAAGAGCGCCUUUCUAACCACGCACAGCUAGACUGUAAACUGUUGCCGGUCAAGGACCUUACACCAUGCUGCUCACAGCCCUCUUUAUUUAGCUAAACAUAAUCGCCAUGCUCAGUAAGAUUCUUGUUGGUUAUAGUCAGACAGAUGAACCCUAGAAGACCCUUUCAGAAGUCAGAGUUCAAGUCUGUCUUCUAGUGCUUUCUUGAUUCCCAUUUGUGUCAUACGCUCCUUUCGCAACAAUGUAGCAAUGUGUAACAAUUAGUAAAAUUUACUUUCUUUUUAUGGAAUUUGAGUGUCUUAAACCUCAUAGACAUUCUCUGGAAUGAUGACAAUAAAUAUCCGUUACCUGCCA